UCUGAGGAGGAGAAGGUGGAGGAGGCAGCUAAAAAUAAUGAUAAACAUUGCAUACUUCAUUGCGAAAGAAGAAGAACCUUUCGUCAAAUUUGGGCUGCUUAUCAGACUCCACCACAAAAACGGAGUUGACAUUAAUCCCACAUACGACAAUGAUGUAAGAUGUGCGUAGAUGAUCGGUCAAGUUGCUGACACAAUGAGAGAGAGCCUGUCAGCGAAGCUGAAAGCCGCAAAGUAUAUUGCCGUUCUAAUAGACAGAGACACUGAUAUAUCCAACACUGAAUGCAUAUGUACGCCCGUUGGAGGAUGGGAAGCCAUUCAAUCUCCUGGUCGGACAACAGACCCUUGAGCACUCCCAUGCCAUUGCCACAUUUCGUGCUGUUUGCCCAGAAGAGGAUGGAGGGUGGAUGGAUGAAGAAGUGCAUCUCCUUCGGAGCAGAUGGUGCCUCCGUGAACAUGGGCCACCGUGGGGGAGUGAUUGCCCACCUGCAGAGAGAGGCAGGGGAGCAUAUAAUCCCAAUCCACUGUAUGCCACAUAGACUUGAGCUGGCAAUACUGACCAUUCAGAAGAAAGAGCCAAAGGUGUCUGUCGUGUACGAUCUUCUGAAUCUGAUAUGGAAGACGUAUCACUUCAGCGGACAAUCCAAACGAGAGCUCUGUGUUCUCGGGCAAGAGCUCGGUGUGGAUAUUUGCACACUGUCUAGCGUCAAGGGACCUCGCUGGAUCCCCCAUGUCCACAGAGCCUUCAAACUGUUUCUAUGGCAUGGACAAAACAAGGACCUUGCCACUGACGAAGGCCAGUACUCCGUUGUUCUGCAGCACACGGAGCACCUGGCUGUAGCAUCAACAACAGCGGAAGUUCAAGGGCGGGCAAAGAAGACAUGUUUGAGGAGCUAUCCUCAGUUAGCCUCACCCUGCAAAGGAAUGGCCUAAUCCUCCCCCAAGCCACAUCAGAGUUGAGGAAGACAGUGACCAGACUGGAAGCACUAAAGCUUAGGGCAGUUCGAUCCCACUCCUGCCGUGGACCGCUGGCUGACCUCUAAGUGUGCCAGACGGCCAACAUACAAAAGCAGCUGGACAACUGAUAUCCUUUGCGUCUAGUAGACAUGGGUCAAUGUGUGAUUUUUGUGGUAUGUGUUGUUCCACAGAUGUGUGUCCCUUAGUACACCCACACACACAGUAUAAAUAUGUAUGUAAUAAAUUGUUUUUUAAAUAAAUUCUUUGUUACAUUUUU